AUGCUAUUCCUGAUCGACUCAGGAGCCAACAUAUCCGUUGUCCCUCCAACGCGAUCCGAAAAGCGGUCCUAUAAACCCUUCUCUGUUUUCUCCGCCGCCAGUGGUUUGCCUAUCCUCACCAACGGGCAGAGAUCUAUCAGGCUUGCCUUAGGACUGCGACGCCAGUCUCGUUGGGUCUUCACCAUCGCUGCGGGACCCAUCCAAUCAUUGGUACAGAUUUUCUCAACCACUUUGGUCUCCUUCUCGACCUUAGGAACAGGCAUCUAA